GGAGCAUUGCCCAGCCUGCUAGCAACCCCUCUCCUUUCCCCCUCCAGUGACUCAACCUUGUCAUCCCCAGCCCCAUCACCACCCACCCUCUUUUUCCCAUCCGACCAGUGAUAGAAAUCCUUUGAAUGCCACUAUUCCCAAGUGCCAUUCUCCAAUCAUCCUUUCGCAAAGUUAAACUCAAAUCAGCGUUCGUUCCGCUCCGUCGCAACAUGGCGACGGUGCAAUUGAAAGUACACAAUUCUCUGAAACCAGGGCCGGCAGUGCCCUUUAUCCCCAAGGAAGAGGGAAAGGUCUCUUGGUAUGCCUGUGGUCCAACAGUCUACGAUCAUUCCCAUUUGGGACACGCCAGAAAUUAUGUUUCCACCGACAUUAUUCGGAGGAUCAUGCAAGAUUACUUUGGUUUCAAGGUCAAUUUUGUCAUGAAUAUCACUGAUGUGGAUGAUAAGGUAGAGUCCGUGGUCUGCGACCUGUUUGGCAUGUCUAAUAUGGUUCCUAGAUUAUCAUCAAGGCUAGAAGACAGCGAUUGCUUGAUUUGGAGAAGUCAAAAACAUAUACGGAAUCCGAAUUGGCCAAACUUGCAGCGACAGCAUUUCAAAAAUACGCAGAGGGCAACCUACCCGAACUCUUGAAGUCUUCAGAUGGAUCAGAACUUGGUCCCAGCAACUAUGCGGCGAGGCGAGAUCAGGCGUACGGGAAAGUUCUGUCUGGGGGCACAUUAACCGGCGAAGGGAAGCCAGGCGACGCGGAAGCCAAAAUGAAGAUGCAUCUCAACAACCUCACAACUGCCUCGACAGCCAUUCUGGAAAAUAAGGUCUUUGGAGGAGCGGAUGAAAUAUUAUUACCAUAUCUGGACUCGCUCUAUAAAGACUCAAUUGAUGGAACCGACCACACAAUAUUUACAGAUGUCACAAAAUACUGGGAGGCUGAUUUCAUGGAAGAUAUGGAUGCUUUGAAUAUUCUACGUCCAGAUAUUAUCACGCGAGUCACGGAUUAUGUCCCUCAGAUUGCAAAGUUUGUCGAGGCAAUAGUCGCAAAGGGCUUUGCAUACGAGGCGGAUGGCUCAGUAUAUUUUGACAUUGCUGCGUUUGAAAAGGCCGGAAAUCCAUACGCCAAAUUGAGACCAGAAAGUCGAAAUGACAAAGCUCUGCAGGAAGAUGGCGAGGGAUCUCUAUCAAAGAACCUUGGAGGAAAACGGGGUGCUGGGGAUUUUGCCCUCUGGAAGAAGUCAAAGCCUGGAGAGCCUGUUUGGGAUAGUGUUUGGGGAGGAGGAAGACCAGGCUGGCACAUAGAGUGCUCAGUUAUGGCGUCUGAUGUUUUGGGGUCCCAAAUGGAUAUCCAUUCUGGGGGUAUUGAUCUUGCUUUCCCACAUCACGAUAACGAGCUAGCACAAUCCGAAGCCUAUUUCUGUGAGCACGGUAAGGGCCCACACAACUGGGUCAACUACUUUUUGCACAUGGGCCACCUUUCGAUUGCUGGAUCAAAAAUGUCCAAGUCUCUAAAGAAUUUCCAAACCAUCAAGGACGCUUUAAAGACGGAUUAUACACCAAGAGGCAUGAGGGUUGCCUUCUUGCUUGGUCGCUGGAAUGAUGGUGUUGAAAUAUCCCCUGAUAUGAGAACGAUGGCCGAAAGUUGGGAAACCAGUAUUAAUGUAGGUCAUACCCAUAAAUAUGAUCAAACAAAAAUGAUCCUAAUCAAAAGCUAGAAUUUCUUUGUAAAUGUGAAGGCCUUGGUUGCGGAGUACAAACCAGAAGAGUCGCUAGCAAAUCUUGCUCUAAGCGAUCCAAAAAAUGAGUUGGAAGAAAGCCUUGCCAAGGCUCAGAAAGAAUUGGAGAUUGCACUCACAGAAUCUUUUGACACCCCACGAGCUAUGCGUGUGUUGAAUGAGUUGGUCAAGACCUCCAAUAUCCACCUUUCUGAUACCACCGUCCAAACAAACGUGGAAGGUUUGAAAAAGGUUGGGCGUUGGGUUACAAAGAUUGUGGGAAUCUUGGGUCUGGAUGCGAAUGCUUCUGCUCCUUAUGAUGGUUUGGGAUGGACAAGUGCCCUCUCCACCAGCAAACUGUCUCCAAAAGAAACUGCUGCGCCAUUCGCUACUUCCUUCCAAAAGAUCAAAGCCGAAGUUGAAAAACUAGGACUUCAAUCAGAGACUCUUUCAGCUUUACUUACCAGCGAUGUAGAUGCCGGAUUCGAGUCACUGGUCGCGGCUGGUACCAAGGACCCAGAAGCUCUUGUCAUGCCAUAUCUUAGAGCCGUCUCAAAGACUCGGGAUGAAAUCAGAAAGGUUGCACCUCUUUCAUCGUCCAAGAAGGAAGCCCUUGCACUUUCCGACCAAAUCCGAGAUGAAGAUAUGACCAAUCUUGGUGUUUACCUAGAUGAUCGACCCGGAAGGGGCGCACUCAUAAAAUUCAUUCCAAAAGAAGAGCUUCUAACCCAACGAGAAGAAAAGGCAGCCAAGGAACAAGCCAAGCUCGCGCAAAAGGAAGCCGCCAAGUUGGCAUUACUGAAGCAGGAGCAAGAAAAAGCCGAAAAGGCGAAGCAGAGUCCCUUGGGCAUGUUUCGAAAUGAGAAGUUUAGUGCUUGGGAUGUGGAUGGACUACCGACGCAUGCUAGUGAUGGAAAGGAGGUUCCGAAGAGUGCGCUGAAGAAGAUGAAGAAGGAAUGGGAUAGGCAGAAAAAAGCGAAUGAUGAGUGGAAGGCGAAGAAUGGGGUUUAGUAUAGAGGCUGUCAAUUAAGUAGUAUUUUAAGUCUUCAUUCAUU